AUCAGUGGCAUUAUUCGUUGCAGUUGCAGAAACAUUCGGGACCGACGAGUGUUGUACAUCACGAUCGCACCCCAAAACCCCGGAGUAGUUGCACAAACUCAAUUUUUUUUUUACGUUUUUCGGGACUUCGGUGUCAUCGUCAUCGUCAUUGUCAGGUGGUCGAAUAUAGUUUCCCGCGUGUCUUACAACCCGUGUCUCUGUGUAAAAAACAGUGUUCAAUCUUUGCGUACGCGCGCCAUGGCGAGUGAUAUAAUCAACUAUUCUUCUCGACAUUAUCAACCGAAUUAUUCAGUGAAGCAAGAAUGUAUGACGGCCCUCGGUGUAGCGGCCACGCCACUGUCGUCAGCCGUGCCCGGCGACGGGCGUUACGUCGUCCAGGACCUGUCGCCGUCGGCUCCGUCCUACUGGAUGCCUGGCGCAGAACAGCAGCAGAUGGUGACGUGCGUCGUCGGUAGCACGGCGUCGUCUUCGUCGUCGUUCGUGGACGACGAAUCCACGUCGUACGAGGACAUCACGUACAAUAAUUACGGAUCAUCUUCAGUGGCCGCGCUGCAGGCCGCCGCCGCAGCCGCGGCUGCCGUGGCCAAUUGCGACUACAGUGGCCUUUACGGUCAUCAUCUGCAGCAACACCAACAGCAACAGCAGCAACCGCUGCUGCAGUACGGUAACGUCGGUUACUACGACGGCGGCAGCGGCGGUUACCACCAGCUCGACCACUUGCAGGGCUACGACGAAAAGCCGGCGGCGUACGACAACAACAACGCGGCCGAUGUAUGUGACAUGAAUUCCGCAGUAACGGCCGCCGCUGUGGCCGUCGCCUAUGACGAUCCGUACGCCACAGUCGCCGUGUCACAACUCGACCGACAGCAGCUUACGCCACAGUACCGUCCUGCACAACAAAGUAACAACAAUGCCUCUGCUGCCGACGACGACGACGACGACGACGAAAACGACAACGAUGAAGAAGCAAACGACGGCGAUGACAACAAUAAACGACUGCAGCUUCAGCCGCAGCAGCAACAGCAACUGCAAUUUCAACGGCGACAACAUUUGCUGCAACAGCAACAGCAUCUGAUGCAGCAACAGUGCAGUUCUUCGGAGUCUGCCCCGACGACUCUGAUGCCGGCGGCGGUGCCGGUUGUGCGCGUCGUCAAGCGCAGGAACACGGCCAACAAGAAGGAACGGCGACGGACGCAGAGCAUCAACAACGCGUUCUCCGACCUCCGGGACUGCAUACCCAACGUGCCGUCCGACACCAAACUGUCGAAAAUCAAAACGCUCCGGCUGGCCACGUCUUACAUUGGUUACCUGAUGACCGUGCUGGACAGCGACGACCCGGACACAGACGGUUUCAAAGCCGACCUGUCCGCGCACACGUCCAAACGGUCGGUGCAGACGCCACACGUGCAGGCCGAGAAGACCCAACAACAGCAGAUGAUGAUCGCCCGAAACCCUUUGAAUCCUACCAAUGACCACCAACACCAAGAACACCAACACCACCACAAGCGGAGCAAAGGCAGAACCGGGUGGCCACAAGACGUGUGGGCAUUAGAACUGAAACAAGAACAAGUGUAACCACGCACCCGGUACAAGCCUUUUCGGCGACCUUUUUUUGUUAUUGUCGAAGAAUGAUGAAUAAUCAUUUAGGCGCGGAAAGAUUGAAUCGUCUGCCCACGCGUAAAUAUAAGGAUCACCAUAGCGCGGAUCCUGAGUGUAUAUAAUAAUUAGUUAUAACUUAUAAGUAAUAUAAUUUAUAUAUUAUCUAUUAUAAUACUAUAUAUGUAUAUAAAAUUGUACGCGAAACCAUAAU